AUACAAUGAAUUUAUGCAAUAAUUUAAGUUGAAACCUUAAGUCUAUAUCCUAUUACUACCAUUAAUAAUAUGACACUCGGCGAGGAGGCAUAGAAUAUCUACCUACCUAUCGUAACUUUUUAUUAUUUUGUAACUUAGGCAUUAACAAUAUUUUUAUGUAGGACCUAGAUGUAAAGUGAGUGAGCUUGAUACAAUUUAUACCUACACCACCUCAACUCUCUAUACCUAGAUUGAUUUUACCUAUGGCGCAACAGAAACAACGCAUCUAAUGCUUACUUUAAAAUAAACACCGCGGAUUUAUGUAUAAAAUAUUAAGUUACAAUAACGUGCAUUGAGCCUUAACAUCUUUGCCGCCAAGUAAAAUAAAUCACCCAAUGAGACCCCCGCAUUCCCGCUCAAGUAGUGUCGCGAGGAGCACGCACCUCCUAUUUGAAAAAAAAAAACAAAAAUUGAAUUUAGAACGAUGAAAACUGAAGAAAAUUAUUACAGUGACUAUGGUAGUGGCAGCUCUUCGAAUUCUUCCACAACAUGGCCUCCGCAGGAUGUGUGGACGUACAAGACGUCUCCAAUAGAACGACCCGCUGAAAAGAAAUCUGCCAGCUACCAAGACUAUACCUUCGGAGGCAUGGGUCCAGCGAGCGUGUACUUGCGACAGAAGUCAUGGCCGGAGCCCGAGCGGUCCCCAGCGCCGCGCCUGCCGCGCCCGCGCUCCGAGUGGCUGCCGUCGCUCACUGCGGAGGAGUUCUUCCCUAAGGAGUUCCAACCUAAGGAGGUCCACCCAAGAGAAUUCCAUCCAAGGGAAUUCCAACCCGAGGCGUUCUUUAAUUCCACUCCUGUCGAAGUCUCUGCCCAACGCUGUGGUAAACGCGUUGUUGCAGGAGAUAGAGCGCAGGCCUGAACUCAUGAGGCGAUGCAGGAAACCCGCGCAGUCGCUGCAGGAGUGUCGCUUCUGCAAGAACAACGGCGAGCGCGAGUCGUACUACCGCGGGCACGCGCUGAAGGACGCGCGCGGCGCCGUGUGCUGCCCCGUGCUGCGCGCCUUCGUGUGUCCGCGCUGCGGCGCGCGCGGGGACCACGCGCACACCUCCAAGUACUGCCCGCUCGCCACCGCAGACGAACGUAUGAAAUCCACUGCCAUGAUGCGCAGUGUCCGCAUGGCAUCGGGUCGUCGUCGCAACAACACAGUAGCGUCACCUGUGUCCGCCACUGAAAACUACAUGAUGUUUGGAGAGGCAACGCCAUCUCUCAUAUCUGAUGCUGACACUUAUAAAUCAUUCGCACUAAAUUCACCACUUGACCCACGUUGGGCCGCUCUUGAAAAAAAGUUAAUGUUAUAAUUCAAUAAUUAUUUUCCAGUUUUGACAGGAAAAGAGUAAAUUAAGUUUAUUUUACAACUGCUGUCAAAACAAGUAUCUAGUUGAUUCUAUUGCGGGUAGAUGGCGCUGUACUCAAAGUCAGAAAUAAA